GAACUAAGUUUUCAUUACUUGUUCACAACGUAAACAAACAGUGUCUACUUGGUCACUGGAUACCCACUUUCACUCUCACUCUAUAAAUGUCCUGUUUUUGCCUUCAAAAAACACCGCAUUUUCUUGAAUUCAUAUACCUGCUUGUCUUUUUAGCAACUCAUUCAUCAAUGGAUAGUGGUGGUUAUAGAGGAAAGGCUGGUGCAGGUGCUGCUGCUGGUGGUUGGAGAGGGAGAGGGAGAGGGAUAGGAAGGAGUGGCCAGGAUGGUAGUCUUGGUCGUGGUCGCAGCACCGGUCGUAGUGGUGGUGAUCAUCAAUACCAUACUCGUCAGCAGUUUUAUCAUCAACAGCAACAAUAUAAUCAGCAGAUGUGGGUGUCAAGUCAAGAUGGCCGUGGCAGUGGCCGUUAUGGUGGUCUGAGGCCCACACGCGGUGCGUAUGGUGGUCAUGGAGGAGAAGGAAGAGGAAGAGGGUGGUGCCAAUAUGCUGUUCCGGUUCAAUCACAGAUGGAGUUACAAAGGCCAUCUCCUGAAAGUCUCCCAACAGUUCAAUCACAGAUGGAGUUACGGAGGCCAUCUCCUGAAAGUCUUCCAACAGUUCAAUCACAGAUGGAGUUGCAGAGGACAUUUCCUGAAACUCUUCCUUGUGAUUCACCAAUUGUUCCUGAAAUGCAAUCACUACAAAUUUCUGGACAGUCACCUUCUUCAUCUUCUUCUUCAACUUCUCCUCCAGAAGUUGCAGGCAAACUUAUUCCAAUGAAAAGGCCUGAUAAUGGCGGUAAGAAGGACAUCCGGCGCAUAAGCCUUCAUGCUAACCAUUUUCGGGUUAAGUACAAUCCAGAGACAAUCAUAAGACACUAUGAUAUUGAUGUCAAACUGGACAUGCCCACCAAAAACAAUCUCCCUACGACAUUUUCAAAGACUGUUCUAUCCGCUGUUCGUGACAAGUUAUUCUCAGAUGAUCCCACCAGGUUUCCCAGCCUGUCAAUGACAGCAUAUGAUGGUGAGAAGAAUAUCUUCAGUACAGAGUCAUUACCCACUGGCAAGUUUAAGUUGGAGUUAUCAAAUGAGGAAGGCUCAAAGAUCCAAUCUUUCAAAGUACAAGUCCAGCUAGUGAAUGAGCUCAAAUAUGAGAAGUUGGAUAGUUAUUUGAGUGGCCUAACUUUCACAAUACCUCGUGAUGUACUUCAAGCUAUGGAUGUAGUAACGAAGGAGAAUCCUACAAAGCAAAUGAUUUAUGUUGGUAAAAGUUUUCACUCUACUAGACCUUAUUUACAAGUUGAUCUUGGUCGAGGUGUCAUAGCUUCUGAAGGUAUUAAACACAGUUUAAAAACAACCUCCCAAGGUGCAGCUUUGUGUCUGGACUAUUCUGUUUUGCCACUUCGCAAGCCAAUGCCAGUUAUUGAUUAUCUCAGGGAGGAUAUUCGUGGUUUUGAUUUAAACAAUUUCGCAAGUUUCAGGAAAAAAGUUGAGAAUGCUUUGAAGGGAUUGAAAGUUACUGUGACUCACAGAAGUAGCAAUCAUAGGUACAAAAUUGCAGCAUUAACCGAUGAGAAUGUGCAGGACAUCUGUUUUGAUCUUGAAGACCUGAGUGGAGAUCAAAUACCUCUGAGACGAGUUAGCCUUGUUGAGUAUUUCAAAGAAAAAUACAGCAAGGAUAUUAUGUACAAGGAUAUUCCAUGUUUGGAUUUAGGGAAAAGUAAUAGGAAAAUCUAUGUUCCUAUGGAGUUCUGUGCCAUAACUGCUGGGCAAAGGUAUGGAAAGGAGCGUCUCGAAAAAUAUCAAGCUGAAAAGUUAAGGAAGAUUUCACUGGCUCCACCAAAGGUUAGAGAGAGCACAAUAUAUGGCAUGAUAAGAUCUGGAGAUGGACCUUGUGGGGGAGGUAUCUGCAAAAAUUUUGGAAUUGAGGCAGAUAUGAAUAUGACAUCAGUGAUUGGUCGAGUUAUUGAGCCACCAGAAUUGAAGCUUGGCACUUCAAGGGGAAGAUGGAUGAAGGCAACAGUUGAUAGAAGGAAAUGUGAUUGGAACCUUAACAGAAAUUCAGUAAUUUCCAGCAAACCCAUCACAGUAUGGGGUGUUAUUGAUUUUGGGACUUUUAGUAUUGAAAGGUUCAUUCCUGAUCUGAUUUCUCGGUGCUACAGACUCAACAUUAACAUGGAGAAGCCUGUUUUCUAUAAACGUCUUCAAAUGGGUUUAUUAUAUGAGGCUGAUAAUCUCCACCAACUACUUGAGAAUGUUAAGGACGAGUCUUUUAAAAUUGGUGGUAGCCAUUUGCAGAUUCUUCUCUGUGUGCUGCCUGAACAAGAUCCAGGAUAUAACAAUCUAAAGUGGAUAAGUGAGACCAAAGUAGGCAUUUUAACUCAAUGUUGUUUAUCUGCAAAUGCCAAUAAAUCAAAAGAUCAGUUUCUUGCUAAUGUCGCUUUAAAGAUCAAUGCGAAGCUUGGAGGCAGUAAUAUGGAGCUCCUGACGCAACCUCAGUGCUUGCAGAGUAAAAGUCAUGUUAUGUUCAUCGGUGUUGAUAGUAAUCGCCCUGGCCCUCUUAACGCAACAAGUCCUUCAAUUGCAGCUGUUGUUGCCACCAUGAAUUGGCCUGCUGCGAAUCAGUAUGCUACGCGAAUUUGUCCUCAGGACAAUCGAGCAGAGAAGAUUCUGAAAAUCGGUACCAUGUGUUUGCAGCUAGUGAACACUUAUGCUCAGCUAAAUCAAGUAAGGCCAGACAAGAUUGUCCUAUUUCGAGAUGGAGUUAGUGAUAACCAGUUUGAUAUGGUUCUCAAUGAAGAGUUAAGGGAUAUCAAGAGAACAUUUCGAGCACAGAAUUACUUCCCAACUAUUACUAUUGUUGUCGCGCAGAAACGACACACAACUCGUUUGUUUCUUGACGGUGAUAGAGAAGAAAAUGUGCCUCCAGGCACUGUGGUGGAUACAAAAAUCACAAGCCUUGUUGGGUUCGAUUUUUAUCUCUGUAGCCAUUUUGGUCAUAUUGGGACAAGCAAGCCAGCACAUUACCAUGUGUUAUGGGAUGAGAAUGAUUUUACUUCUGAUCAACUGCAGGAGCUUAUUUAUGGCAUGUGCUUUACUAGUGCUCAAUGCACUAAGCCUGUCUCAUUGGUCCCUCCUGUGUGCUAUGCCGACCGUGCUGCUUAUCGGGGCCGGCUCUACCAUGAUUCAAUUGAGUGGGAUCAUUCUUCAGCUUCAUCUUCAUCUUCAUCGAAGGCUUCUUUUGACGAGAAGUUCUACAGGUUGCAUCCUAACCUGGAGAAUUCAAUGUUUUUCAUUUGAGAUGCCAUGCCAUUGCUCAUCUCAUUUCCUUCUUUCCUGUCAUGCGAAGGAAAGAAAAUAGCUAUAUAUAUAUAUAUUCAAAACCUGUAAGUAUGUAGGUACAUACGAGUUGUUUGUAUUGCUGAAUGAAAUUUGUGCUUUUCUUUUCCAAGCUCCCUUUCUUCUGCAGAAAGGAAAAGCAGUUUGUGCGUGAAUCUAAUGUUGUUGAAGUAGGUGUGUUUUUGAGUGUAGUGUUUAGCCUUGAAUGGACUAUGCUGGCCAUAAAGGAAUAAAUGUGUUUAUGUUCUUUCAAUUAAGCAACAAAGUGUCUAGUUGUGUUUGUGUUCUA